AAACAUAGAGAGUCGUCUAACAUUCUCAACUCGGAGAGGCCAGGUUUCACAAGCAUAGAGCAAAAAUGCUCUCACCGACGCGUUGUAGACUCGAGCAUUUACAGCCAGACUGACAUCGCAAAGAUGGCCCAAAUUGGCAUAAACCGCUCUGGUUUUCACUAUACGUGCAUUGAUCUCAUCACUCACAUUCCCACCAGCACUUAUGAAGCUACCCAGAUACACGAACUUCUCGACUACUUCUAUCUGUUCACCAUCCAUAGUGAGUACAGGGUUAGCAUCCUGCCGUUCUUGUAGAAGUACUUUGCACUUAGAAGGUGCAAAGUACAUACCAUACCUACGGACACUGAUUGCCAACUGAUUAAGUGCGGAUUGCAUGGCUCAGGUGUUAUCUCACAGUAAGAUGAUAUCAUCCGCAUACUCAAGGUCGAGAAGUCUUUCUCCAGGCAACAAAACCACAUCUCCAUUACUUACAUCCAUCAGAGCUGUUUCCAGAAUGUCAUCGAUGGCAAAGUUGAAGAGGAAUGAUGAGAUUGGGCAACCCUGCCUAACCCCACUGCUUGAAUAGGACAGUGUAGAGAUGUGGUUGUAUGCCCUCACCCUACCUGAGGUGUUUGUUUAUAGGGCUGUUGAGAUGUUAACAAACUUCUCAGGCAUACCCUUCUUCAAUAGACAAUCCCAGAAAACAAUCAUGUCCAACGAAUCGAAGGCAGCCCUGAUGUCAAAAAACACUACACAAAUAAAAUGGAAAUGACAAUAUUUACUGAAUAUAACACUGACAAAAGUUGUCUAUCAGUAUGGGGUUGUGAAGACUAUCAUUUCUUGAUUGAGAUCAUGAGUCGAUUGGUGCAAGACCACCAUUAAAAACCUGGUAACACCAAACGACCGUUUCGUCCCCACAACUCCAUAGUUUUCAUGUGCUCACUAGUGACUAACUUCGUGAGGGAAUUCUCGAAGUGAGAAGCUGUGACCAGUGGAGCUAGUCCAUGUCUAGUAGAGACAAGUAUCUAGCUCAUUACAAUGAAAGGUGGUCGCACAAUUUUUGUGUAUUGGUUGAGUUUAGACAUUAACACCGUUGGAUGCCGGCUUCGUGGUCUAGAAUUUAAGUGUUCACGUACGAGACCGAUAGGUUUUGGGUUCGAAGGAAAGAACGGAAACGGAAGGCAAUUGAUAUUUGCGAAAAGAACAGUCAAGUUUGAUAGUUUGCAAAUUAACUAUUUACGGUAUGGUUCUCAGAUUUUAGUAAGACGUUCUGUAAUUUUUUGUACAGAUACAUUCGAUUGACCCCACUUGUGUUCUUGUUCCCUACACAUCUACACCCCUUGCUUCGUACUGUUUAUCAAGCAGGUUGGUCAGUAGUAAGGAUACUGUGAAGAAAAAUCAAAAUAUCUCUGCAUAGAAAUGGAAUCCAAAUAUUAAAUGGAUAAAUGACAGGUUCUUGAUAGUCUUGAAAAGGUUAAAACCUCACAAUUGAUUGAUCACUGGGUGGUGAUCAAUGUCAUAUGUGUCAAGUCCUUAUUUAGUGCAGAUCGAAUGCUAUCGACCUCCCUAACAAAUAAUUAAGGUGUAGUUUUUAAAACAAUCUUUAUCAUCCUGUACACAACCAAUCAGAAUAACAAAGUUCUAAAUUUUCCACUCUUCCCCCAAAGUAUUUUUGAAACAAUUUGCAAUGUGCACACAUAGACACACACACACAGGUUGUAUAUUGGUGAAUCUAUCGAUUACAAUAUCUGUGAUGAUGGGGAUCAAGGUCGUGAUUUCAUUAGGUUACAUUGAUUGGACCACUAAAAUAUAUAUAAAUGAUGUGCAGUAACUAUCGAUGAAAUAUGAUACAAUUAUAUCUAUAUCCUUCCUUAUUCUAAUAAUGAUGUCUAUUGAAAUUACUCAACUCAUUUUCCAGAGAAUAUUGUCCUUUAUUAUUAUAUUGAAUAUAGUUUACAUUACUAUCAUACAUAGUAAUCAUAAUCAUAAUUAUUAUUCACCUAAUAUGUUAUGUCCAAGUGGUUAUUGGCCAGCUAAAGUAAAUUUAACUGGUGGUCAUUAUAAAACUGAUCGAACAUUUGAAUUACUUUAUCAUUCUAAUGCUAAAUUACCUAUAUGUCAAUUUUGUCCAAAUGUUGGCUGUUUUAUUGUACGUUUAUCAACAAUAGAAACAAAGAAAAGUUCAUCAAUCAAUAGUGUCAAAACAACACAAUCAUCAUUGAUACCUACCACUACUACUAGUAGUAGUAGUAGUACUAUUUCGACCAUUCAAUCAACUAUAAAUGAAACAGAUUCAAGUUCUAUGAAUAGUAGUAAUAAUAUAACUGGAACAAAUGAUUUCAAUGAAACUAUGGAACAAACUAUUCAUGAUGCUUUAUAUAUGUCAUGUGAUCAUUGGAAUAAUUUACCAUCACCAACCGAUAUAAUUAGUUAUUUAGAUUGUGUUAUGAUUGGUAAUAAUGAUCAAUUUUAUUUAUUUAUAUAUGAACCAAGAUUUCAAGAAUAUUCAUUACCACCAGUUGAUUGUAUAGAUGCAGAUUUUCUAGCAUGGAUUAAAAAUGAUAGUGAAUUAUUAGGUUUAGAAUUAGGAUUUCGUAUGAAAACUAUACCACCAUUUUUAUUUCGUUAUUAUCAACGUAUAAUGCAAUUAACACAAUAUAUAUGUAUUGAUGGAAGAAGUUUAAUAAAUAAUUCUAUACCAUUUGAAGAUACUGAACGUUUUGCUAGUAAUAAAUUAACACAAGUUGUAUUUCGUUCAUUAACUGGAUUAAAAAGAGAACGUUUACCACCAAAACCACUUGAUAUUCAUCAUAUAACAGAAUUUCAAAGUGAUGAAGAAGUUCAAUCAUGUCCAUUUAUUGUUCAACAUAAACCAGCUAAUAUUACAUCAAAUGUAGAUUGUCAAUUUUCACCAAGUGGUUUACCAACUACAUCGGAUAAAGUUAGCUCACAUCAAGCAUUAGAACGUUGCCCAUUUCGUCGAUUAACGAUAAAUACAUUACAGACAAGACGAAGAAAGACCAAUAAUCCAAUGGAAGAAGAAAUAUAUUUACCACCUUCUGUAUUAUCAGCUUGUUUAUUAAUUGUUGUACUAUUAUUAACCAUUGGUAUAAUUAUUGCAUUCUGUAUAAUUAAUCAUGAAAAAUUAAUGUUAUGUAAAUCACGUAGUAGGAAACGACGUGAACGAGAAGCUGCACUUGCACAAGAGAUGGAUGAAAAAGCUGCUAAAGAAGCUGCAGCUGCCGCUGCCGCAGCAGAAGCUGAACAACAACAACAACAAACAUCAACAAUUCGACAUCCUAUUUAUGCUAGAUAUGGUAUGAUACCACCGAAUAUGGGUGGUGCAUUCGGUGCAUUCGCUCCAACAUAUCAAACAAUGACAGUUAACAUGAAUAUGCCUAGUAAUGUAGUAAGACAAAAUCAUGGAUUUAAUGGACCAAUGUGAAAAUACACAGGAUUAAUGAUAAUUUUCUUUAUAAAUAUUCAUUAAACUUUAUUAUUUAUGGACGGAAAAAAAGGAAUCAACAAACACUUUCUAAUCAAUAAUCACUUAGAUCUCCAAUGUUUUACACAGAUAUUCAUAUGAAAACUAUUUAGCAGUCUAAACUCAUUUAUUGUAAAACAUAAAAUACUUGAAAUGUACCCGAAAUGAUUUAGUUUUUGUAUGCAUAAGGAAGUCAAUAUUUCAGUAGUCAAUGAAUCGAAUUUUCUCCUUGAUUAUUUGUUUGAAUACAUGAAUAUUAGUACAAAACGGUACUGAAUGCAUAUGAGCAACACAAGUCACUUGAUUUGUGUGUAGGUCGUGAUACUACCCGGGUGCCCAAACAGAAACUGGUGGUUUUCUUAUUCGCAAGGCAGUAGAACAACGUUAAAAAAUGCAGUCUAAUGGUAGCCGGUGACCAACAAUGGGUUCAUACGCUAUUUGUUCCUUCAGGAUCAUGGAGCCCAGACAGUCAGUCAGCAACAAUGUAGAACUUCGUACGUCGGUGCACCAGUUCCACUUGCCAUACAACAUUAGCACACAGAUAAAUUCUCCAUUCAAAUCUCAUAGUGGUAGAGGUAGUAAAAGUAUAAGCAGUAAUCGGAAAAAUUAGGGUUUGAAGAUGUUAUUCAAGGAGUGUAAUCCAGUGAAACAAAUUUGGAAAGAGAAAAAGGAAAGGGACAUGAAGAAUUCAGAAGAUUAGAAUUUGGGAGAAAACAGAGAGUGGAUGCACCUGCUGCAUUGCGAACGAUUUCGAGCCAUGUCAUUCAGGGUCUCUAACCAUCGGUUGCUUUCAUCUCGUGGUCCCCAACCAGGUAGUCUACGCCUACCAACAUAGCUGAGUCCACUUUUCAGUGACUUCAUGAACUUGUGCCAUGUUUUGGUUUGGCCGCCCCUAGCUUUCUUCCAACCUACUCCUAUACCACCGAACAUCGCACGUCGAGGUAGUCGGUCGUUGGGCGUACGUAACACAUGUCCUGGCCAUCUCAACUGAUAAGUUUCACUACUUCAUAAAUUGAUUUGCCAUCCUUACCUAGUACCCGUUUCCUAACAACUGUGUUACUUACUAGAUGGUUCCAGGAUAUGCGAGCAAUGCUUCGAAGACACCUUUGAUCAAAUACUAGUAACCUACGAAUAUCCUCUACUCUUACCGGCCAUAUUUCACUGCCAUAGAGUAGGACGGAACGAACUGCUGCGCAGUAAACACGUCCUUUGGUUGGUAGACGGAUACCUCGUCUACGCCAUAAAUGACGCAAGUAGGUAAAAGCUAGUCGAGCCUUCUGUAUCCGUGCUGAGAUUUCGUCACACACCAGACCACAAGGGCUGAUGACACUCCCAAGGAUGAAGCGAACAGUUGCGCAGUGAACUCGCUUUUUGUUUGGAAGACGGAUAUCUUGCCUACGCCACAAGUGACACAAGCUUGAGAAAGCCAAUUGAGUCUUCGGAAUCAGUGCUGCGAUUUCGAGAGGCCAGACCACCAAGACCGAUGAGACUCUCAAGGCGUUGACGCAAGCCAAUCGUGAUCUAACAUUUUACAUUUGAAGGGAGAGAACCACAUUCCAAACAUGCAAGCAUUGUUAAUUAUGGUGGUCAGAUGACUGAAUAUUUUCAGUAUUUUCACCAAACAGAACCACAUCAUCUGCUUGUUUCAAGUCAACAAUUUAAUCUCCUGGUAGAAGAUCAACCGCUGUAUAGUCAGACGAUGAAAGUUUUAUCUCCAAAAGUAUGUUGGUGAGAACGUUCAAUGGAAAUGGAGAAAAAAGAUAACCCUGACGAACACCAUUUGAAGUUACCGAUUUCGACGAGUUAGCCAUAAGUGCUUGAUUAGAGAGUCUGUAAAAGGCUAAUGUUCUUCUUUGGUACGCCUCGUGAUGACAGAUAAUUCUACAAAGCCUAACGAUCAACGGAUUCAAACGCUAUUAUUUUAAUGUCAAGGAAUGUGUUAGGUCCCGAUAAGUAUAAUGAAUGGUAACUUUGGGAUCCAAUACUGAACAUAUAUCUUUAUCGUACAAUUAUUAAAUAACUAAACUAUUCAUAUUCAUAUUCUUCUUAUCAUAAGCUUUAUUUUGAUUUAUGAGCCAUUAUUAUACGCUUUACCAUUCUCGAAUUAUGCCCUGUCCAUUAAUUAAUACCUCCUACUUUCACAGCCACUUUUGGCCAAAUCUUUUUUUCUAUUUUAUGGUACGUUGUGGUCUGUUUGAUUGGUAUAUAAACUCAGUAUGUUUGAAAUAUAAUGAUUCAUAUCGCAGAGACUGAGAUUGGUGUUCUGGACCUAACUGUCUGGGCUAGGCGGAAAGCAGGACCAAUCAGGACUCUAGACUGGUCAUACAGGUUUACGCGUCAUUGAUCCGAUCGAUAUAUCACUGCUCUCUAAUUGGCAGUAUCGUUAAGUUAUACAUUAACAGGGCACACAAGCCACAGGUUAUAACAGAAUGCAACUAUAGUCGGGUGUCGAAAGGUUUGUUUAUGCUCCAGAACUUGGUUAAUGUUGAAUAUUCUAUCUGUACAUCCAAUUGCAGGUAUGAAAAUAGCCUGAUUUUCCCUCGUUGCUCGUCACGAGCUCUAGCUAAACGUCGAAAUAAAACUGAGGCUACUAUUUUAGAUAACCUAUUAUUCAAACUGACUCAUCUUUGCUUGUGACAAGAGGAUUUUUGUCCUUUAUUAUAAACUGGGACGAUCAACGAUCGAGGCCAAUCAGAUAGGAUCACGUCGUUUCCAGAUUUUAGUGAAGAUCCCAGUUAAUCUAAAUGCUAAAACCCGACCACAAUCCUUAAAAAUCUCAGUCAGUCAGCUACAACGUAGGAACAGGCAUAUAUGCAUCAGUUCAAGUUGCCACACUUCAUUAGCACAAUAAGAUGAACACCACAUUCAAAGAAGUCACUUCAAUGGUAGUAUGAGGAUAUAAUACAGGAAGAGAAAAUUAGUUCGUAGAAAGAAAGGUAUAACGCAAUUUUAAUCUCACGGUUUGAGAGGAGACAAAGAGUGUAUACACCUAUGCCACUGUGAUUCAUUCUGAACCAUGUCAUCUCAGGGGUAAGUCUAUCAGGUCCGGCUGCUCCCCUUCGCUUUAGAUUACUCAUUGCCUUUUCAACCUAAGAGUUGGAGGACUUACAUCAAUUUCUCAUUCAGGUCACUUGGGUAACUGAAUUGUGUUUGAAGGCCAGAUGAAAAGUUCCCUAAGGUGUUUUGCCCAAUGAUCCAAUCUCCUGAAUUGAGUGAAUAACAGUUCCAUCUUUUUUCCGAAAUAGUAUCAAUUACAGACGUAUUUUGUUGAUAAAACAACUUAACUCAAUAAUGAAAUAAUGCUGAUGUUAUUCUACAGCUGUCAAAAAUACACAUUAUGAAAAUAAUCAGUAAUAUAG